AAAAGCCCCUUCAGUUCACUUGUUUCUUCGUCUUCUACAUUCUUUUUGAUCAUCCGAGGUCUUGUGUACAAAUUGGGUUUUUAGGGUUUCAGGGUUGACGAUUUACUGAGAUAUUGGUUUAACGAGGGUGAUGUCUUACACGUUGAAUUUGUCUGGGAGUUGGGGAAAUCAGAGAAAUUCAAAUGUGGGUACUUCUGAAACAUUGACUCUGGUGUUCUUGAAUAUAUUUUCUAUAAUUUUCGAUAGAUUGAAACUAGGGAUUUCGUGAAUGCUCAGGUGCAUUCUUCCUCUAAAAGAAUGAGCAUUUCCUUGUCAAUUACGGAGUGAAGAUCUGGAGGAGCAACAAACAUCAAAUUCUAAAGUAGGGUUUUUGUUUCUUCAAAUGAAUGGAUACAAUCUUUAGAUUGGGAAUAAUUUGGUCUCGAUUGGUCAAAAGAAGUGCAGUAAGUUUUGGAGUAACUGAUUGUAUUUCUAAGGUGCACAGUGAUAGAAAUAUAAUAACUAUAUAAGAUGAACCAUUUAUCAAAAGAACAGGCUGAUAAGGCGAUGUCCUUAACAUGUAAGUUCUUCACAUACAUCUCAAGUGUGAGUAACAUGAUAGCGGACUUGAGUGAUUACUAUCAAGAUUGUUUAAGUGGGAAUGAGAUUUAGCCAUCUAGAGUAGUGGAAGGAGAACAACUGGAGAAAAAUCUGUUAUGCUGCUUUACAAAUUUAAUGGAAAUUUUGGUAGAGUACGUAUCUAACAUCAAGGGUGCCCCUCCACUAGAAAACAAGUGGAACAGUACUUCUAAUCUGAAUCCAAUGCUUUGCAAAGCAUCAAGAUGCAGUAGAUUGGCAGAUAUCACUUCUGCUGUUAAAAAGUUACGUAACUUGUUGAGUAUUGAAGCUAAUCAAGGAUGCUAUUCUGAGGAGGUGUUGGGUGUAAUGCUUCAGGCUAUUGGCUUGAUCAAUACAGAUAUGGAAAUUGUGUGUGAUAUUCCAGUAUCAGCAAGCAGUAUUCCUUUUGCCACUGCAACAAAUUCUAGCGGUAUUCCUUAUACGACUGCAACAACUUCUGGCAGUAUUCCUUUUGCGACUGCAACAAAUUCUAGCGGUAUUUCUUAUGCGACUGCAACAACUUCUGGCAGUAUUCCUUAUGCAUCUGCAACAACUUUUAGCGGUUUUCAUAAUGAUUCUGAGCUAUCGUUUGGUGGAGUGCUUGGUAGAUAUGAGGAUCGUGGUGGAUAUGAAUUACCAGAUGGGUCUAUUUUAGAUGAUGACUUUGACAUUAGGAAGGUGUUAAGUGAUCCCGCAUUCCCGCAAACCAAAAAUGUUCAGGUAGAUGUACCACAUGUUCAGCGGGAGGAUGAUCUGAUGCUCAAUGUUUCUCAGAGGGGAGGUCCACAUGUUCAGCAGGAGGAUGAUCUGAUGCACAAUGUUCCCCAGAGGGAAGGUCCACAUGUUCCGCAGGAGGAUGAUCUGAUGCUUGACCACCAAUCUGUGAAAAAUGCUGUGUUUUCAAGGUUGACUAAGAUGCAAGAUGAGAUUCAGGAAGGAAAGGUGCAACAUGAUGCUGCUUUAAAAGCUUUACAAGUUAGCGGAGCAAGGUGGGAUGCAGCUGAGGAGGCACGGGUAAGUCUCGUGGAGGGGAUGAAGAAGCUUCUUGGGUGAAUGGUGAUACUGCAGAGCGUUUAUCUUGAUUAGAUUUUUACAGAUUUCAUGCUCUCUGACCAAGUCUGGUCAGUUCUGUAGUAAUUUUUUGUUUCGAUUUUUUCUGCCUAAAUAUGGUAUUCUUUACUUGGAUUUUAUUCUGUAGAUAAAAGAAACUUUGGUACUCAUGUUUGCCAAAUGUUGAUUUUAGACUUUAAAUGGGAACA